AUGCCAAGUGCUGCUGAGGAUUUGGAACCACUGGAACUGUUGAUUUUAUCUGCUGUGAAUUUCAUAAAGGAGAACAGUCAAAUUCUCAUUCAAAGGAUGGGAGUGACUGUUAUAAAGCAAAUUUUGGAUGAGCUACUUGUAUGGAAUGUUCUGAAUUACGAAGAAGUAAACAUCAUUUGCUGUGAGAAGGUCGAGCAGGAUGCUGCAAGAGGGAUCAUUCACAUGAUUCUGAAGAAGGGUUCAGAAGCCUGUAACCUCUUUCUUAAAUCCCUUGAAAAGUGGAACUAUCCUCUGUUUCAGGACUUGCAUGGACUUAGUCUUUUUCAUCAGAUGUCAGAAGAAGACUUAGAUGGUUUGGCUCAGGAUUUAAAGGACUUAUACCAUACCCCAUCUUUUCUGAACUACUAUCCGCUGGGUGAAGAUAUUGACAUUAUUUUUAAUUUGAAAAGCACCUUCACAGAACCGGUUCUAUGGAGGAAGGACCAACACCAUCACCGUCUGGAGCAGCUGACCCUGAGUGGCCUGCUGGACACUCUUCAGAGCCCCUGCAUCAUCGAAGGGGAAUCGGGCAAAGGGAAGUCCACUCUGCCGCAGCGAAUCGCCAUGCUCUGGGCCUCUGGAGAGUGCCAGGCUCUGACCAAGUUCAAAUUAGUUUUAUUUCUCCGUCUGAGCAGGGCCCAGGGUGGACUCUUCGAAACCCUGUGUGACCAACUCUUGGAUAUACCUGACACAAUCAGGAAGCAGACGUUCAUGGCCAUACUACUGAAGCUACGGCAGAGGGUUCUUUUUCUCCUAGAUGGCUACAAUGAAUUCAAGGCCCAGAACUGCCCAGAAAUCGAAGCCCUAAUAAAGGAAAACCACCGCUUCAAGAAUAUGGUCAUCGUCACCACCACCAUGGAGUGCCUGAGGUACAUCAGGCAGUUUGGUGCGCUGAUUGCCGAGGUGGGGGACAUGACCGAGGACAGUGCCCAGGCUCUCAUCCGGGAAGUGCUGAUAAAGGAGCUCGCUGAAGGCUUGUUGCUCCAAAUUCAGAAAUCCAGGUGCUUGAGGAAUCUGAUGAAGACCCCUCUCUUUGUGGUUAUCACUUGUGCAAUCCAGAUGGGGAAAAGUGAGUUCCACUCUAACACACAAACCACACUGUUCUGUGCCUUCUACGAUCUGCUAAUAAAUAAAAACAAGCACAAACGUAAAGGGGUGGCUCCAAGUGAGGUCACUCGGAGCCUGGACCACUGUGGGGACCUAGCUCUGGAGGGCGUGUUCUCCCACAGGUUUGAUUUUGAACCGGACGACUUGUCCAGUGUGAACGAGGAUGUCCUGCUGACAGCGGGACUCCUCUGUAAAUACACAGCUCAACGGUUCAAGCCGAAGUAUAAAUUCUUUCAUAAAUCAUUCCAGGAGUACACAGCAGGACGCAGACUCAGCAGUUUAUUGACGUCUGAAGAGCCAGAAGAGGUGACCAAGGGGAACGGUCACUUGCAGAAAAUGGUUUCCAUUUCAGACAUUACAUCCAAGUACAGCAACCUGCUCCUGUAUACGUGUGGGUCAUCUGCCGAAGCCACCCGGACUGUUCUGAAACACCUGGCAUCAGUGUAUCAACAUGGCAGCCUCGGUGGGCUUUUCGUCACCAAGAGGCCUCUCUGGAGGCAGGAAUCUAUGCAAAAUGUGAAAAGCACCACUGUGCAAGAAAUUCUGAAAGCCAUAAACAUCAACUCCUUUACAGAGUGUGGCAUCAAUUUAUUCUGUGAGAGUAUAUCCACAUCAAACCUGAGAGAAGAAUUUGAAGCUUUCUUUCAUGGUAAAAGCCUACAUAUCAACUCAGAGAACAUCCCUGAUUACUUAUUUGACUUCUUUGAAAACUUGCCUAAUUGUGCAAGUGCUCUGGACUUUGUUAAACUAGACCUGUACGGGGGAGCUGUGGCUUCGCAGGAUGAGACCGCAGAAGACGCAAGCAGGAUCCACAUGCAGGAGUCCUCAGGAACCUACAUUCCCAGCAGGGCUGUGUCUUUGUUCUUCAACUGGAAGCAGGAAUUCAAGACAUUGGAGGUCACACUCCGGGAUUUCUGCAAGUUGAAUAAGCAAGAUAUCAAAUACCUGGGGAAAAUAUUCAGCUCUGCUACAAGCCUCAGGUUGUACAUUAAGAGAUGUGCCGGCGUGGCUGGAAGCCUCAGUUCGGUCCUCAGCACCUGUAAGAACAUUCAUUCCAUCAUAGUGGAAGCCAGUCCCCUCGCCUUAGAAGACGAGCGGCAUAUCACAUCUGUGACAAACCUGCACACCUUAAGUAUUCACGACCUAGGGACUCAACGGCUACCAGGUGGUCUGACUGACAGCUUAGGUAAUUUGAAGAACCUUAUGAAGCUCAUACUGGAUAACAUUAAGAUGAAUGAGGAAGAUGCUAUAAAACUAGCUGAAGGUCUGACAAAUCUGAAAAAGAUGUGUUUACUUCGUUUGACCCACUUGUCUGAUAUAGGGGAGGGAAUGGAUUACAUAGUCAAGUCUCUGUCAGCUGAACCCUGUGACCUUAAAGAAAUCCAAUUAGUCUCCUGCUGCCUGUCAGGAAAUGCUGUGAAAACCCUAGCUCAGAAUCUUCACAACUUGGCCAAACUGAGCAUUCUUGAUUUAUCUGAAAAUCAUCUGGAAAAGGAUGGAAAUGAAGCUCUUCAUGAACUAAUUGACAGGCUGCACAUCUUGGAACAGCUAAACGUGCUGAUGCUGCCCUGGUGCAGUGAUGUACGAGUCAGCUUGGCCAGGCUGCUGGAGCAACUGAAGGGGGCCCCACAGCUCAUCAAGCUUGGGCUGAGAAACUGGAGACUCACAGAUGCAGAGAUUAGAAUUCUAGGUACAUUUUUUGAAAAGAACCUUCUGAAAAACUUCCAGCAGCUGGACUUGGCAGGAAAUUGUGUGAGCAGUGAUGGAUGGCUUGCCUUCAUGAGUGUAUUUGAGAAUCUUAAGCAAUUGGUGUUUUUUGACUUCAGUACUAAAAGACUUUUACCUGAUGCAUCAUUAGUCAGAAAACUUAGCCAUGUGUUAUCCAAAUUAACUUUUCUCCAAGAAGCUAGGCUUGUUGGGUGGCAAUUUGAUGACGAUGACGUCAGUGUUAUUAAAGGUGCUUUUAAACUAGUAACUGCUUAAAUAAAGGGUACUCUAAGCCCAUAAAUGCUCUGGAGACCCCAUUACUUUCAGCCUGGUGAUUUAAAAAUCUUUGCUCAUCUAGUCCAAGAGUCUGAAAGUAAAUGGCAAUCCACUAUACACCUAAAAAAUAUCCUUCAGUGUCUGCCUAACUCACCCCUUCUAAACUUUUUCUUCUUUUACUGGUAUCAGGAUGAUGUGUGGCACCAUCACCUCCUUAGCUGGCCUCUUCCAUGGAAAUCUACUUUCUUAGUUUCAUCAUUCAAGUAAAAAGGAAAAGGAAAAGGGGAGGAUGCCAAGAAAAUGAGCCCAAAGAAGAGGAGGAAAUGGGAGGGAGUUUAACUUGACAUGUAUAAAUAGUUCUGGUGUCCCAUCACUUCUACUAGCAUUAUCAGUUACUUGAAGGGGACUCCUGUUUAUCCUUGUAUUCCCUUUGGUCUCAAGAAUAGCAGGUCACCAAAAUUUAUAUAUUGUAUGAACAUUUACUUAGUACAGGGCCUGGCAUGUACUAUACUCUCGACAAGCAUUUGCUGAAUAUGGGAUAAAGUUACCAAUAAAGAACAGGCCAAAAUUAUUUAAAAGCAGGGAGAAA